AUGUUGAAUCCAGACAGACAGACAUCCGUGAGCGGCUAGUCCAUGCUUUAAGGAAGAGACACAUAUAUUAAGAAGUGCACAUACAGUAGGAACUGAAUUAGUCUGUGGUAUGUCACACCUUCAUUAUGAGAAGAGGAUGGAACACUUCCUAUUAUUGUGUUGUAGCAUAUCACAUAUUAAAGGGUGAUUUGGUUGCUGACCUUACCAACCUUCUGAUCCUAGGUUAUUUUUUUUUUGAUCAUUACAGAAAGUUACCCGAAUAGCAGCCGAACAAAAUACCACAGGAAGGUCCUCAAACCGAGGUCGAAUAAAGUACGUGUGGGGUUAGAAUCCUUUCACAGAGUGGUUAAUAACUGAAACUGCACCCCACCAAGUAGUAUGAAAUUCAUCGGUGAAGGCUUUCAAAGGGAAAUUGCAAGGAGUAACACAGAUCACAAGAGCCUACUGUCAUUUAUUAUGUGAGUCUGGAUUGUUUAAACUACUUGACUGUCAACAUCAUUUUGCCCUCCAUUUUCCUCAGGGUCUUUCUUAAGUUCGGAAAAAGAUUAAUAUGGUUGUGAGGGUUAAAGAAGUUAUCCUUAUAAUUUUAAUUGGUAAUCAAAUAUGAACCAAUCCAGAAAGUCAUGUUGCGAGCAGUUACGACAUAUUUCUGAAGGCUCUGAAGAUGGAAUCUGUAUUCGGUGACAAAUAUAACUUUUUAGAUGUUGUGUAUUGUUUUCGCCGAGUUUUUGAUGUCUUAUUAGUUGUUCUUUGGGGUUUAGCUCCAUUUACCGGUUUUGUAGCAAUCCUCAUCUUCCUUAUAACUAAUGUUUGUUUUGUUUAUGCCUAUGAUGCUGUUUACCAGCGUGUCGCUGACAACGAAUAUGGUCGGCCUGGUGAAAUCGUAGAGGACCGUCCAGUGGUGGCUUUCGCAUCCUUCAUGGUAUCUGGAGAGUUAACAACGCAACUUGGUAUGGUUUCUCAGCACAGUGUGUUGUAUUUUGUCAAGGAUAUCAAACGUGAAGUGACAGGAAGUGAUCUAUCAUAUGUCCAAGCUGGAGAUGGAUCUUUAUGUUUUUGUACAAUUCUGGAAUUAAAUCCAAAGUCUACUUCCUUGUUAUUAGAAUACUGUUCAUUAUGUUCACUUAAUAAUAUGGCACAGUGUCAUAUGAUUAUGUUGAACAACAACUCACACUUUCGUAUGCUUCUUGGUAAUGUCCCUGAUAUCACAGAGCAUGGACGUACUCAAACUUCUGGUCAGCCUUCUUUAAGACAUAUAAUAGAAAACAUACUUCAAGGUUCCAUACGUGGGGAUGUGUACAAGAUUGAGAUUAGAUGUGAUACAGAACGUGAUGGACAAAAACAUCAUUCAGAUUUCACUAUGUCAUUACGUGUUGACUAUGUCCUUGCUCCACCAGCUUGUAUGAAAAAUACACACGUCAAAACAAAAGAAUUGAAAUCCGAUCCUAGAGAAAAUACUACUAUGGAUUGGAAUCCUGACUUACCUGUUCAUUGGUUAUAUCGAGCAUGGGAUAUGAAAGAACGAGGUUCAUGGUUAAUAAAUCAUCACUUAAAAACAGUAACAUCGAAUUGUGAAAAGUUAAAUGAUAAGAGUGAAUUAUGUAAAUACAUUUGGCAAUCAGCGUUCACAUGUUAUUCAAGAGCUUUACAGCUUGUUUCACUAUGUCACUGGGCUGAACAAACUUGUCGUACAGACGAAUCUUCAUCAUCGAUAUCUGAUAAUGACAAGUCUAGUUGUACAAAGUCUGAAAACAGACGAGAUAGUAAGGAUAGUAUUCAAGUUUUAUCCGGUGAAAAGUCAAUUACUAUCAUUCCUACUAAUGCUUCUGGUGACAAUUUGAACAGUUCAGAAUAUAUUGAUUGUGAUCAUUUUGGUAGUGCUGGUUACAAAACUUCGUAUUCUUUGGAUUGUCAACCUGUACGCUUGGAGUUUAUCUUAUUAUCAAAUAUUGCUCUAUGCCAAUUAAAGGUUGGAUCAAAUGAAUAUUGUGUACAAAAUUGUUCACAAGCUUUAUAUUUACUUGCACGGGAGAAUAAGUCUAUUCCAUAUUCUAAUGACUAUAAUGAUAUGUGUAAAGCAGAAUUAUUUUCUUUUGAGAAAAUUAAAUUUUACUUGGAGAAUUUUCAAAUUACAUGUCGUGAUGUCUAUAAGGUGUUAUUUCGUCGAGCUCAAGCGAAUUAUAAUCUGGGCAAAAUGGAUGAAGCCAAAUUAGACCUACAAAUAUGUAUACAACUAGACAAGGAUCAGUUGAUGAUAUUAGAGGGGAAAACUGAGAAAAAUGAAGAAAUCAAAGCGGUGAAGUCGUUGACAGCAUCAGACGAACAAGGGAAUAACGCUAAUUGUAA